CCAAUUUUGAGGACGCCGAACAGAAUGGGAGAAGACUAUUGAUAGAGACAUGCAAUGUGCGGGAACACAUAUGGUGUGUCGGCUUGGAUUGAAUUAGACAUUUUGUGUCGCCUUGGUUAGUGACCUAUUCCUCGAGUACUGCACGAGUUAUCCUCUGACACACUCCGUUGUUGGUAAACAUCUUCCGGGGUCUCUACUUUCGGUUUGAGUACACACUCUCUCUCUCUCUCUCUUGUUGAAGGUUUACAUUUGAGAGAAUACUAAACAGUUGCCGGACGAACGGGGAUCUGAUUCCUGCUGCUGUGUAUUGAUUUGGGAGUCAUUUUACACCGCUGCCCAUGUAGCACAGAUCUCACAAACUGAAACCCAAGACACGCCGUAUAACCAGUGUUUGGGAGGAGGGGGCUCUGGGUUUCACAAACAUUCCUCGUUUUGUUUUGCUCCAUAUUUGGUAUGGUCUGGUUUGCUAGGCAAACCCUUCCCGAGGUUACGUACAGGUGUGGUACAUUUCCGAGGAUUUGUUAUCACCUGCACAGUUUCAAAUAAUUACAUGUAUUUAGUGCCUCCCAAGAUGGUAAUAAGACAUGGAAUACCUAUCAUCAAGGGAGAGAACUCAUUAGGAUUGAUGCGGAUGUCGCUGUACCAUGUGAAACUUAAAGUAUUUACUGAAUUUUAUGACAAUGAACGACUACGCUUGGCAGUGUGACAAAGGUCUGACCGACUGCAUGAAGCACGUGCUGAACAACGCCCUCUUUUGUGACGUCACUCUACUAGUGGGGGAGUGUGAGGAGGAGGUCAGUGCCCACAGACUGGUUCUUGUGUCACGUAGUCCUGUGUUUUAUGCCUCAUUUGAAGGGCCUCUGGCAGAAAAAGGUCAACUUGUGAUUAAAGAUAUAGAAAAGGAUACAUUUGAGCUAUUUCUUCAUUACCUUUACACGGACUCUAUCACGCUGACCAACGAAAACGUGACCUCCAUACUUUAUUGUGCGCGGAAGUAUUGUGUGGAUAAACUAACAUGGCGGUGCGAAAAAUUCAUGGAGGAUAGAAUAGACGCAGAAAAUGUGUUUGGGAUAAUGGAAGAGGCGCACACGUAUGGACUCACAACACUGAAAGAAAAGUGUCUAAAGUAUUUAGUUCAAAACAUUGAAGAGGCGCUUGCGUCGGAAUCUUUCAGCUUAAUCUGUAAACAUUGCAUCGGAUCUAUUCUUAGAAUGGAUAGUUUAAACAUCAGUGAAGAGAAGCUAUUCGAACACGUCAUACGAUGGGCAGGUGCAGAAUGCUCCAGAAGAAAUUUGCAAACUACCGAUAAAAAUAAAAGACUCGUUUUAGGUGAAAACAUCAAAUUAAUUCGGUUCCCGGUAAUGGCUGAUUCUUAUUUCAAGGACAAGGUGGCCAGCGGAAUGCUACUGGACGCAGACGAAGUCAUCAAUGUCUUCUUGUACAACUUCAGCAAAAAUGACGGAAACUGUCGACAAUCUACGUUUGAGGUGGCGUCCCGCUGUUAUAGGCGUGUCUUAAGGUUCCGAAAGACUCUCCGAGAGAGACAGGUUUCUGACGAUAAAAACGAUAUAGCGUUCGAGAGCAGUGUUCCCGUGACAUUACACGGGGUCACUGUGUAUACCCCUAAAGAACAGUACGAGACUCAGAUCGUGUGUAUAGACGUGUUCGAUCACAACAAAUCCAGCAUAGCAAGCGUCGACUCGCACUUAUUCGAACAUUCCUCUCGAAAAGUCCAUGACGUGUUUCUGGAUCAACCAAUCAGAAUCGCUCCAAAUAAACGUUACACGAUAUCAACGAAAACCUCGCACUGGGUCAAGUCGUUCUACGGGACCCGGGGCAGAGACUGUGUUCAGUUCCGUGACGGGACGAUUUCCUUCUACAACGCUGCUCUCUCGGAGAGCUCGGACUCCGAUUACGACUGGGCCAGUACCACUGUAGACAAAGGACAGAUUGCCGGCCUACUCUUAUCCUAAUAAAUCACUCUUGAGAUA